AUGUAUUACAUUGAUGUUGGAAUACUAACAGUAUUCUACACGUUCGUCGGGAUCGGCGUGGAUCAGGACCUGGAGAAGAUCGGGGAGAAUUACGAGUUCAGGUUCAACACCAACACAGUGGAGGACCUGGAGAAGAUCGAGGAAAAUUACGAGUUCGGGUUCAACACCAACACAGUGGAUUUGAGGGGCAUAGCGGCGGAGAGGUACGGGAGGGCAGAGCUGAACUUUGUGGGGCUGAGAACCCUCAUCGGCGUUGUGCUGGAGAGGGAUGGAGAACCCGAGGGCGGUUACGAUGAGCAGAUGGGACAAUCAGUGGCUGACGCCGGCUCAGGUUCAGGACUGAUUGGGCAGUAUGCAGUAUCCAUUCUUGAAGAUAAAUCUGUUUGGGGCACCACUGCUCCUACGAUAAUAGCAUAA